AGCUUUUUCUGCUAAAUGAAGUGGUGAUGUAGAUAGUGGCAGACUGAUCACGUGGAUUUGUUUCGAUUGAUGCCUUUGAACUGAAAUAUAUUUUAUUGAAUUAGUAUUAACAUGGAAGAAAAUUUAAUUACAAGGAAAAGACUCAAUUAUGAUAACAAGCUUAUCCUAGCGCCUAUGGUGCGCAUCGGAACUCUUCCAAUGCGUUUACUUGCUCUGGACUAUGGCGCAGAUAUAGUUUAUACGGAGGAAUUGAUCGACAGAAAAUUGCUUCGUUCAAUUCGUCGAGAAAAUGAUGUCUUAGGCACUAUUGAUUAUAUCGAUAAGACAGAUGGAACUGUAGUAUUUCGUACUUGUCCUCGUGAAAGAGAUAAUGUUGUUCUUCAAAUUGGUACAUCUGAUCCAAUAAGAGCAGCUCAAGUUGCUCUUAUGGUAGAAAAUGAUGUUGCUGGCAUCGACGUUAAUAUGGGUUGCCCAAAGAAAUUUUCGAUGCUUGGAGGAAUGGGUGCCUCUCUUCUGCGUGAACCACAGAAAGCGACUGAAAUUCUGCAAAAUUUGAUUAAAACAGUAGCUAUACCAGUUACCUGUAAAAUACGUAUUUUGCCUAAUCAGGAAGAAACACUUCAACUUUGUGAAACUCUUGCAUCCACUGGUAUUGCAGCCAUUGCAAUCCAUGGUCGUACUAUUGAGGAAAGACCACAGCAUUCUAAUCACAACAAUGUUCUUAAGCAUAUUUCUGCUAAACUUUUGAUACCAGUUAUCGCAAAUGGUGGAUCCAAAGAUAUUCAAAAAUAUUCUGAUAUAUCAAGAUUUAAAGAAGAAACAGGUUGCAGUAGUGUAAUGCUCGCUCGUGCUGCUGAAUGGAAUUGUUCAAUAUUUCGAAAAGAAGGUUUGCUUCCAAUGGAAGAUGUUAUAAAGUCGUAUUUAAAACAUGCUAUUGAUUGUGACAAUUCACCUUCCAAUACAAAAUAUUGCGUACAGAAUAUUUUACGGGAGCUUCAGGAAUCUCCUUUAGGCAGAAAAUUUCUUGAUGCGCAAACACUGGAGCAAAUAUGUGAAGUAUGGGGACUAGGUGAUUACUGUCGAUCCAAAAGAAAAGAGUUUCGAGAUAAAGGUUUAUUAGGUCGAUUUCAAGUAACGCCUACAAUAUUUGACAAAGAAUUGAGCAAUGGUAUUUCUCAUAAAAGAAAAGCCCAAGAAAACGAAGAUGUUUCUUUGAUGCGUUGUGCUUUUUUGAGGAACAAUUACAUAACAGAUUCGGAACUUCCAAAGACUAGAUUACUCAAAUGGACCAAGGAAUAUCAUAAAAAAAUGCCAGUAUACGAUACUCGGCAGGAGAAUAAACUUUUUUGCUCUGUUGUUACUGUAGAUGGGAGAAAAUAUGGUUCCUCUUUCUGGGAAAAAAAUAAGAAAUGGGCUGAACAAGGAGCUGCUUUAGUAUGUCUUUACUUUCUGGGAAUUAUUGAUGAGGAAAGUCUUACCGCUGGUGGUAACAUUCUUACAUGAUAAUAACUAUUUCAUCUUAUUUAUUUAAUAUACAAUCAAAUUUUUAUAUUGCAAAAUCCUAUAUUGUGAUCUUGUUUAAAUAGCUGAAAUCUCAUAAGUUGAUAUUUGACUAUUCACAUUUAUGUAAUCAAUCGAUUACAUUAAAUUGAGACUGAAACACAGAGUGUAUACUGUGUUUAUUUUAAUAUAUUUCUCUGAAAGUUGAAAGAAUAAUUUCACAAAAUAGGAAUGUAUUAGGAAAUCUUUGAUAUAGAUAUCAAAAGUACAAACAUAAUUAUUAUUUUUAUAUUGUAAAUAAACUUGUUGAAUUUUUAUUUAUUUUUUUUAUUUACGAUUUGUUGGAAAAUUAUCGAG